AAGGAGCCAGUGUGCUGUAAGAGGUAACCUGGCGAGUGGCCCCGACGCUUCUCCCUUGCUGUGGCUCACGCUUUGGUACUGGAGGCCGAGACUGUUCUGGCGACGGCGACCUCUGCGGCGACGGCUGAGGCUCUCGGAGAAGUGGCGGAGUACGAGCUGGAGGAAGGGCUUCUGGUCAGCCCAGGUUCUGUCAUAAUGAAUGGACCCAGUGUAGCAAAUACAUCACCUAAUGUAAAAUCCAAGGAAGAUCAGGGAUUAAAUGGGCACGAUGAGAAGGAAAACCCAUUUGCAGAGUACAUGUGGAUGGAGAACGAAGAAGAUUUCAACAGACAGGUGGAGGAGGAGCUGCAGGAGCAAGACUUCUUAGACCGCUGCUUCCAGGAGAUGCUGGAUGAAGAAGACCAGGACUGGUUCAUCCCCUCCCGGGACCUGCCUCAGGCCAUGGGACAGUUGCAGCAGCAGUUAAAUGGACUGUCCGUCAGCGGUGGUCACGAGUCUGAAGAUAUUUUGAGCAAAAGUAAUCUGAACCCGGAUGCCAAGGAAUUUAUUCCAGGAGUGAAGUACUGAGCUGACAGAAAGCUUUGAGGAGAACUUGUAUGUCCCCACACCUGGGGACAGUGCUGCACAAAGAGGCGGAGCUGAAGAAGGGGGUGGGGCGGGCUAGGGGUGCACAGUGGGGAAGGGGAUAGUGGUUUAACUUGACACUGUGACUGGAGUAACUAAUGAGCUCAGUCUUACUCUACAAGCCUCUGAGUCUCUGAGUAUUUCUCUUUUGUUCUACUGACUUUGGUUUGGAGCAGUUUCCUAUUAUUAUUAUUAUUAUUAUUAUUAUUAUUAUUAUUAUUAUUAGUUUUUUGAGUUAAGGAAAUUGCAGUCUUUUUUCCCCUUCAUCAGGAAUGUUCUGCUGUGUGUGUUUAAACAAAAUAAGCUGACCAAGAAAAUCUGGGUGUUUAAGAAUGCCCUUCUCACCCUACUGUACACUUACCAAGGGCAGUGAACACUUGGAGAACUAUUUAUCGAGUCUGUUAAGCUGGAUGACAAGAGGGACGAAUGGAAGAAGGAGGUGUUGCAAAUCAGGGUUCACAGCCCAGCUCCCCUGACCCCUCGGGGCUUUCCUGUGAUGAAGCAGAUUACCAUGGCCCGCCAAGCCCACGUGUCCUUGCCUGGAACCCCAUUCAAGAAAACACAGACUUCAGGACUGGUUUAUGGUAAUUCUUCUGAUGGUUAAUGAAGGUUGUAAACCAGCAGGGGAGGACUGUGCCAGUGAUUGUCAUUUGGGUCACUCAGUCACUGCUGCUCUUUUCUUAAGUCUCUGCUUACAGCUACCAUCAAACUCAUUUUUCAUUAUUUACGAGGUAAAAGAGCUCUAGGGUGGGUUUGUCACUUUGUCCCUCAUGGCAUCUAGUCCCCUAUCUCCUUUCCACCCCAACCCUACUGUUGGUAAGAAGAGAUAUUGUUACCAGAGGGGAAGGAGAGGUAUGCUGUGCUGGCCCUCAGCUUCAGUCUGGAGUAGUCAAACUUGAAUCCUGUUAAUUGUGUCUUAAGAGUAUUUUGGCAAUUUUUUGCCAGCCCCAUGAAGACUUGGUCCUCCUGGUAUCUUCCCUUAGUAAAUUAUUCCCAAUAAUUUUUCUCACAUAAACAUAUUUUUCAGGACACCAGCGAGAAGCUCAGCUCACAAUUUGGAUGCUUCUCCCCACCUUACAGAUUUAUGCAAAAGAACUCAAAAAAAAAAAAAAAAGCCUGGGAGAGUGAGUCUUGCUUGACCCAUGUGACCAUGUGACCCAGCGGGAUAGUUUCAGCAUAUAAAAUUUUGCUGUUCCCACAUACCCAGCUUUACGAGUUUUCUAGGUUGGGCUCUUUGGGUAUAUUCCUUUUGUUUUUCCUGACUAUAAAUCACAGGGGUUUUUUUGUUGAUACUCAUAAGGGAUUAAACUGGGCACCAGAAGCGCCUUUGUGUGAUAAAGAUGUAGGUGGCAGAGUCAGGUCUAAAGGAGAACGUGUGUAGUCCCGGCCAUCCUCCUAGGAUGAGGACUUGCAGAGGCCUGAGGGGGACACAGCGGCUUCUGUAUGACUGCUACUGUGUUGUGUGACAGGCCUAUCAGGAAAAGGCCACGUAAUGAAAUAAAGUCUGUGUAAAUUCAGUAUGUGGAUAUGGGACAGAGGUUGGAAGGAAAGGACCGUUGUCUAGAAAGCUUAGUAAUUUCUACCUUUUCUUAGGUGCUCCCCUUGUUGACUUUCUGAACAGCAACAGGCUAAUGUCAGAUUUAAAAUACGAACCCACAUCUUUUCCUCAUUUGAGUCUAUAGGAUGGCAUCAUUUAAAGAAUGGCCUUCCCCGUUAGGUCACGUGUCAGGAGAGUAGCGUAAGGAGCUUGUAUUGCCAGGCGUGCACAUUAAUACCCAAAGGCCCAAAGCCUCUACCUCAAGAGAAUGGAACACUUAACUCGUUUCCAGGGACGGCUGUGAAUAAAGAACCCUCUUUAUUGCAGCUUCAGCUUUCAACUGGGGUCGUUGCCUCUAAUAGGGAGAGGGCCUUGGAAGUGCAGGAAAAGAGAGGUCUGUGUGCCCCAGGGCUCCGUUUCCUCCUUCAGUCUCCAUUACCUUGUCCAAGCGCAGAGUCCUGAAGGCUGCCGGCAAUAUAUUGAGACUGCAGAAAGAGCCAUUUUCUAGAGCGUGGGCUUCUCCCUCAGAAAGAAACAAUGGAUUCUAGUGUGGCUCCCAGUCUGGAAAGUCCUGUAGGGAUCCGGAUGGAGCCGUUUCUUCAUCCUGAAGAAGCUUGCUGUCCUGACCAGGAUGGCUGAGAUGUUGGGAGCAGUGCAAAGGGCUUGUCUGUCUGCUGUGGGGUUCCGUUUUGGAUGUCGGACUUCAGCACCGUUUCACAAGGCAGAUUUGGUCGGGAGUAAGAGAGCUUCCUGCCAGAUGAGCAGUGGAACCUGAGGGCUGGACUUUCCAGUCCCAUUCAGACACGAGAGUCUGCGGACUCCCGGAGCAGGAAGCGGCUAGCAGCACGACCCUGUUCUUAGCGAGUCGGCUUGUGCUGCAGUUUCUCUCCGUAGCCCAGCUCUUUUCUCCGUCUUUUCCCCACUUUCCUUUCCUCGUAGGAACCGAUCUGGGCGCAUGCCCGCCUGCACCUUGACCGGCGAGGCAGGUAUUUAUAAGUUGGUAUUUUGACGUUGAAUUUGAGCCACUAACUCUGUUGAAACUUGUUCCAUCGGCAGCUGGAAGCUUGAGAAUGUGUAGAGCAGUGAUGGAGUGUGUGUUUGCAGCGAGUGCCAGUUCUGGCUGGGCCCGGUGUGAGCUCAUCCGUGACUGGUUUCUGAGUUUUGUGAUUGUUGGACUCUAAAACUCCGAGGUGAAAAUUAUUUUAUCUCUUGGCUCUUCAAGAAAAAAAAACAAGUCAAGGAAAUGCCUUUUCAGUUUCUCCAGGUCUUUGAACGACAGCAGAGAACUUGACAGCUACCGCGCAGGCCUGAGCACCUGCAGCCGUGGGGCUCUGCGUGUUCCGACUGCGGCAGCAGACUCCUGGGGUCGAGUAUGGUCAAACCAAAACAGAUUGUAAGGCAGGGGCUGGACUUUUGCAGCACCUUUAGUUUUCAAAGUCAAAACAGCUGGAGUCUCUAAGGUUAUAAUGCUAACUAUGGCUUUAAAAAAAUGCUUUUAGUAAACUACUAAGCAGGAUUUUUUAGAUUGUGUAUUGUCCUAGUGUCAGUUUUGUCUUGAUUUUGGAGAGGCUAGGGAGUAAAGAGGUCCAUUACAAUACUCUGGCAAUUAUACGUCAGAGAGGAAAGUUGUGUGAAGGCGCUAAAGGAAACCGUGGACUGAAUCCUCUCGUUAGUGCGGCUGCAGACCCCGUGUAGAAACAUCAGGUGCCCCAGAAUCGACCCUGAUGUGAUCAGAGAGGACAGGUGUUCUUCGAUAAGGGUCCCAGCAUCAAGGUUAAUAAUGGUUCUUGGUUUAGGUGACGUUUAGGUAUGGGGACGAGCACAUACCUCAUAAAUUUGACCAAGAUUUGGGGAUGGCCACCUACUGGGGAAGACUGUGUAUUCCAGCCCCUCUCCCGGGACAUGAUGCAUUCGUUUGGGAAAUGAGUGGAGAAAACAGGAGGACUGACCCAGUUCUGGUGGGCAUUGGGAAACUCUAAGCUAUUUACUAGAAAAUAGUACAGUGUUUUCCUGUGUAACUCGACAGUAAGUGAUAAUCCUGCCCUAUUGAUUGAGCCUUCAGAAAUGUUUAAUGCAGGGAUUUUUUUUUUUAAACAACUUUAUUGAGGCAUAUUUUACAUAUAAAAUUCACCCAUUUCAAGUGUACAUUUCAGUUAUUUUAGUAAGUUUCCUGAAUGGUGAGGCCAUAACCAUACUCAGUUUUAGGCGUUUUCCAUCCCACCCCAUGAGAUCCUUCGUGUCCAUUUACAUGAUAAUCCUGUUCCCAGCUCUGGGCAACCACUUAUCUUUCUGUCUCUACAAAUUUGCCUUUUCUGGGCAUCAUAUCAAUGGAAUCCUACAAACUGUGGUCUCUUGUAGCUAGCUUUUUCCCUUAGCAUAUUUUUGAGUUUCAUCCAUGAGGCCUAACUUGUGUUGGUAGUUUGUUCUUUUAGAGCACCCAGUAGUAUUCCAUUGAUGGAUAUGCCACAUUUUGUCAGCAGGGAAUCUUGUAAACUUAGAUUUCAGCCUCCUGUGGUCUAAAUAGAACCCUCGGAGCACAGGACUCCUGGGCAAGCUGCUGCGCGUAGCACGUGAACUGCUUAUCAGAACCAGCUUUGCCAUCAGGACCUCCACACGAGGAGCCUAAACUGCUGCAGAAAUUUUUAUAACUUUGCAACUUUUUUAUAAGGAACUUUUGUGCUGUCUACACAUCAGGACUUUUGAAGCAUCUGAUAAUUUAAUGAAUGUGUUUUGAGUGGACACAAAAGCAAAACCAUCUGUACUCUGUUGGAUAUUUUAUCCUCCCGAACUGGAUGGAGGGGAAUCGCCGAACUUUGAAUACAGUAUUGUCUCCGUUACAAAGCUGAAUGUGUAUUAAAGAUUGUGCUGCCUUUGUUGGAUGGAUCUGGAGCGAACGACAGCCAGCAGAGGCGGUCGAGAGGAGAAAAGGAGUGCAGCCUGAGGAACGAGAAGCCCCCGGGGGUCUGUGCGUGGCUUACCCGUUCGCUGGUGUGGAUAGCAGAGUGCGGAUGGGUGCCCCGCAGCAGCUUCGCACCUCCAGCGGGCCUACGUCUUGACUUUCGCCUUUGAUCCCUGUUUCACAAGUGUUUAAGAGCUGUUUUUGUUCCUUUUCUCUCCUCUAAGUACACAUUAUGUGGUAGUUAUUAAUAUGUCUUUGGGGGAGGGGCAGGGCUUUAAAAUCGAAGAAAAUGAUUUUCAUAAAAAUAUCAAAAAUGGGGAAAAAGUUACUUUUUAAAAAUUUUGCUAUACAAACCAAAUGGCAGCUGUGGAAAAAUCUCAAUAAAACGAGAAUAAAAUGCAUUUACUUGCCGGCA